CCAGAGUGAAUGUGGAAAUGGAAUGCAGGAGCCCACUCUUGAGCAUCAGCACUCAUUCACACUGGUUUUUAGCGUCAACUCGCUUCCCCCAAUUUUAUUCUCUUCCUCUUCCAGUUCCUUUUAAGUAUCUAUCACCUUUCCCUUCCACGCUCAACGCAACAACCACACCAAAACCACUCUCUCUCAUCGCCAGAAGAUUCUCAGCCACGGCCAUGGAUAAUCCAAAAGGUCAAGAAUCCCCAUCGGUAUUGGAUGAAGAAGCAUUCGCACUUCCCUCUAAGUUACUUCAAGAAUUCACAUCCAUGUCCACCAUCGACAAGGCGUGGCUUUUCAAACCUGACACUCACAUUGGUGGUAAUGCUUCUACUCAGGGAAUGUUUUGCGUGAGUCAACCGAACCUUUUGGCCAACAAGAGAAGGAAGUUCAUUCUGUCGUCUACAAUUUCCAAACAAAGUGACAGUGGUUCCGUGGAAUUUGAGUGGGCUCCAUUCCCUGUUGAGAUGACUGGAGUCUCUGUGAUGGUCCCUUCUCCAUCUGCAUCCAAACUUUUAAUUGUUCGGAAUCCCGAAAGCGGAGAAGGUACUCCUUCCUGCUUCGAAAUUUGGACCUCCUCUCGUCUCGAAAAGGAGUUCCACAUCCCCCAAUCCAAGCACGCGUCAGUGUAUACUGAUGGAUGGUUUGAGGGAAUCUCUUGGAACUCGGAUGAAACACAUAUAGCGUAUGUUGCCGAAGAGCCAUCCCCUCCAAAGCCUGCAUUCAAUGAUUUGGGCUACAAGAAAGGUGGUUCUGAUGACAAGGAUUACGGUACCUGGAAAGGUCAAGGGGAUUGGGAGGAGGGCUGGGGAGAAACAUAUGCGGGGAAGAGGCAGCCUGCGCUUUUUGUCAUGAAUAUCACUAGUGGUGAGGUACAGGCUGUCAAAGGAAUCGACAAAUCCUUGAGUGUUGGGCAAGUUGUCUGGGCUCCAUCGAAUGAAGGCUCUGCUCAAUACUUGGUCUUUGUUGGAUGGUCUUUUGAGACAAGAAAACUUGGUAUUAAGUACUGCUAUAACAGGCCUUGUGCAGUAUAUGCUGUGAAAGCACCACACAAGUCAAAAGCUAAUGAAACUGAGAUUCAGUCUGUUGAAGAUGUCCAGGCGUUUAACCUAACUAGAACCAUAAGUAGCGCUUUCUUUCCACGGUUCAGCCCAGAUGGAAAGUUUCUUAUAUUUUUAUCUGCAAGAAGUUGUGUUGAUUCGGGAGCCCAUUCUGCUACAAAUUCACUGCAUAGAAUUGAUUGGCCUAGGGAUGUGGAACCUUAUCAAUCUGCAAAAGUUCAUGAUGUGAUUCCAGUUGUGCUGUGUGCUGAGGAUGGCAGCUUCCCUGGGCUUUACUGUUCAAGUAUCCUUAGUGAUCCAUGGCUUUCUGAUGGCUACACUUUGAUUAUACCCUCUAUCUGGCACAGCAGUCAAGUUUUACUUUCUGUCAAUGUGUUGAGUGGAGACACAUUACGUAUUACCCCUGCCGACUCAAAUUUCUCUUGGAGUCUCCUUACGUUGGAUGGGAACAAUAUUCUUGCUGUUUCAAGCAGUCCAGUAGAUGUUCCUCAAGUCAAGUAUGGAACCAUUGUUAAGAAGGCAGCUGAUAGUAAUGACUGGAGUUGGUCAGAUGUAUCAAAUCCUAUAUUUAAAUGCUCUGACCAGGUUAGAUCAUUGUUGUCCUCUCGUAUGUUCAGUGUAAUGAAGAUCUCAGUCAAGGAUGCUUCUGAAAGUACAACAAAAGGUGCUAGUAAACCUUAUGAGUCUAUAUUUGUGUCAUCAAAAACUAAGAAAAGUGACACAUGUGAUCCACUAAUUGUGGUCCUACAUGGAGGACCGCACUCUGUCUCAUUGUCAGGCUUUUCAAAGCCAUUGGCUUUUCUUUCUUCACUUGGAUAUAGCUUGUUGAUUGUAAACUACAGGGGUUCAUUAGGAUUUGGCGAGGAAGCCUUACAAUCUCUUCCUGGGAAAAUUGGAUCUCAGGAUGUGAAUGAUGUACUCACUGCUAUUGAUCAUGUUGUAAACUUGGGACUUGCCAGUCCAUCAAAGAUUGCGCUGCUUGGUGGUUCACAUGGUGGUUUUCUUACAACCCACUUGAUUGGCCAGGCACCGGAGAAGUUUGUUGCAGCAGCUGCUAGAAAUCCUGUUUGUAACCUUGGACUGAUGGUUGGUACAACUGAUAUUCCUGAUUGGUGCUUUGUGGAGACCUAUGGAACCAGUGGCAGAAAUAGGUUCACUGAAGCACCUUCAGCAGAGGAUCUGGCUCUGUUUUAUACCAAGUCUCCAAUUUCACACCUCUCAAAGGUAAGAACACCAACGCUUUUUCUAUUAGGUGCCCAAGAUCUUCGUGUUCCAAUUACGACCGGAUUGCAAUAUGCUCGGGCUUUAAAGGAGAAAGGAGUACAAGUUAAAGUCAUCGUAUUUCCCAAUGAUACUCAUGGAAUUGAAAGGCCACAAUCCGACUUUGAAAGCUUCCUUAACAUUGGGGUGUGGUUCAACAAGUAUUGCAAAUGAGCAGCAUUCCCAUUCCAGUGAUUGAAUCAUGUGACAUUCUGAAUAUCAGUGUUGAAGUAAACACAAAAGACACGAAGGGGUUGAAUUGUGUCUAAAAGUUUUCGCAUACUUUGAAUAUGUUGGAUGAUAGUAAAAAUCUUUGCUAAAAAACUUUUCAAUAAAACCCCUUGUUAAUUGCCGCGGAAUAAUAAUAACAAGUAAGUUUAAAGACCAA